AUAUAAUUGGAUCUAUCGUCAUGUUUACCUCAGCUACUCUGUCCCCAUUGUCUUUUCUAAUUAUCCAGAGCCUGGGAACAAAUGGAUAUCGAAUUGGAUCAAUGAUUGGCAUCACACUAAAAUCUUUAAGCUUCUUGUGUUCCUCAUUCAUUUCUUCAAUCGACUGGUUGUUCCUGACACACAGUAUUAUAGGAGGGAUGGCGAAUUCUAUUCUGCUUGUUGCAGUUUCUAAUAUCCUCGGGGAACAUUUUCAUCAACAGCAUAGGUUUCAUGUAUUUGCCACAAGCGUCCUAAGUAUUAGUUUUCCCUUAGGUGGCUUGAUCUUCAAUCCAAUGAAUACAAGACUAGUACUAAAUUAUGGAUGGAGAGGAACUUUCCGAAUAUCGAGUGCCUUUACAUUCGUCAUUGGAAUGAUAUGUAGCUCUUUGUUAUUCCCCUAUAAACGUGAUUUGGUGGAUUCUGGAUCUAAUAAAGAUGCUUCUGUUGAAAUGAAAACACGGUCUGACGAUAUGUACAGCUCAAUUGAUGGAACUAAAGCCGAUACUGUUGAAUUAAAAGAUGUAGAAUCAAUUGAGAAUGAUGCUCGCGAUACAACAAAACUGAUACCAGCAUCAGCUAAAGACAAAAUGAAAUGUGUAAAGAAAACAAAAACUGACAUUAAAAACAGUGAUUCUAGAAAGGAUCUACCUCAAACAGAGGAAACUCCAUUGUUUACAAAAAAAGAAACUUCACCAGGUGAAGACAAAUCUACAAAGAAAACCCAUGAUGAUAUUACAAAUGAAAAGUCCAGAAAAGAAAUAAGUGAACCUGAGCGUACACCUCUGUUUAUAAGUCUAGAAACUAUUGUUACAUAUCCCGAGACUGUACUAUGGAUCAUUGGCAUUGGUAUGACGAGAGGCCUUCUUCGUUUGCCCUAUCUUAACAUGGCAAUUUACUUGGACAACAAAGGAAUAUCAAGAAUGGAUGCUUCUUAUAUUUUGAUGGUGUUAAGUAUUGCUGAAGGAAUAACCUACAUCAUCGCAGCUGCUCUUGGGGAUUGCUGCAAAGGACGACUUAUAUACACGCAUCUCACUGCAACACUGGGAAUGAGCCUCCUAAAUCUGGCAUGGCAAUUCAUUGAUGUCAACUAUACAGCUAUAAUGGUGUUAGCAAUAAUAAAUGGAGGGCUGCUUGCAUUGACAACGGUCUAUUUAUAUUCCUGCACGUGCGAGGUCCUUCAACAUCUUUCAAACAAGUUAGCCUUCAACCAGACACUGGCAUGGGUGGGUAUCCCAGUUUCAGUUGUUCCACCUAUAUUUGGUAAGAGCCAUAUUUAGUAAGAGACUUAUUUGGUAAGAGCCAUAUUUGGUAAGAACCAUAUUUGGUAAGAAUUAUAUUUGGGAAGAGCCAUAUUUGGUAAGAGACUUCUUUAGUAGGAACCAUAUUUGGAAUGGACUAAUUUUGCUAAUAACCAUGUUCUUAAAAUUUUAACAGAUAAUUAAUUUGUAAGGGGCCAAAUGAGAUUUUUCAGAUACAAUAAAGGAUAUUUUUAUUCAAAAAGUAAAGCGCAUUCAUGAAUGUGGAUAAGCUCCUGUCAGAGAAGAUAUCCCAUUUUAAGUGAAGGUGAAUUUGGACAUUUCUCCAUCGUUCAUCUUCAAUAAGUUUAUUAACGGUCGGUUAUCUCAAUUUUUAUAUUUUAUCAAAAUUAGAAUUAAAAUCCUUAAAAAUUGUUGAAAUUAAAAUCCGCCUCGUCAUGUUUUAUCCACCUGGCAGUGAAACGUACUACAUUCAUUAAUUCUUCUAUAAAAGUAACUUCUAUUCCAGGUUUUAUUUAUGGAAUUCUUCUGUUGAAGUAACUUUUCUAUUCCAGGUUUAAUUUAUGGAAUUCGUGAAGUAUUCGACGAUGUACAGCAUGGGAUGAGUCUAGCAUACUUUCUCAAUGCAGCUCUGUAUUUGGCUAUCAUCUUGAUCAAAAAGAGACGCAAUUCAAGAGAGGAAUGAAUAAACUUAUUCUAACAAUAGACAGGGUAACCACACACUUUAUACAAUUUUGAAACAAAAUGCGCGCAGGCCGAUGGAAAGGAGUCAUGAAUUACGUCAAACUUUGGGUAGAAGUUGUUAUUCCCGGACGCCCUAACGUGUCAGGAACACAUAGAUAC